CAAAUUAUCACCAGUGUGAAAAUUAUUGUUCGCAUCCUAGGCAGCUGCUGAGGAAGCAAUCCUGCAUGCGUCUGGAAAUGGCAAACCUUUACUGUCUAAGGACUAUUGCAUGCUAUAUAACCCUCAUUGGACAGCUCUUCCAAGUACCCUAGAAAAUGCAACUUCCAUUAGUUUGAUGAAUCUGACUUCCACACCACUAUGCAACACUUCUGAUAUUCCCCCUGAUGGAAUAAAGAACAAAGCAGUUGUGGUACAGUGGGGAACCUGCCAUUUUCUUGAAAAAGCCCGAAUUGCACAAAUAGGAGGUGCUGAAGCGUUGUUGGUUGCCAAUAACAGUGUCCUAUUUCCUCCCUCAGGGAACAAAUCUGCAUUUCAUGAUGUGAAAAUACUGAUUGCAUUUAUAAACCGCAAAGACUUUAAAGAUAUGAAACAGACUCUUGGAGAUAACAUUACUGUGAAAAUGUAUUCUCCAUCAUGGCCUAACUUUGACUAUACUGUGGUGGUUAUUUUUGUAAUUGCUGUAUCCACAGUGGCACUAGGAGGAUACUGGAGUGGACUAAUUGAAUUGGAAAACAUGAAGGCAGUGACAAGCACUGAAGAUAGAGAAAUGAGAAGAAAGAAGGAAGAAUAUUUAACUUUUAGUCCUCUAACAGUUGUAAUAUUUGUGGUCAUCUGCUGUGUUAUGAUGGUCUUACUUUAUUUCUUCUACAAAUGGUUAGUUUAUGUUAUGAUAGCAAUUUUCUGCAUAGCAUCAGCAAUGAGUCUGUACAACUGCCUUGCUGCACUAAUUCGUAAGAUACCAUAUGGACAAUGCACGAUUGUGUGUUGCAGCAAAAGCAUUGAAGUGAGACUUAUUUUUCUCUCUGGACUGUGCAUAGCAGUAGCUGUUGUUUGGGCCGUGUUUCGAAAUGAAGAUAGGUGGGCUUGGAUUUUACAGGAUAUCUUGGGAAUUGCUUUCUGUCUGAAUUUAAUUAAAACACUGAAGUUACCCAAUUUCAAGUCAUGUGUGAUACUUCUAGGCCUCCUCCUCCUCUAUGAUGUAUUUUUUGUUUUCAUAACACCAUUCAUCACAAAGAACGGCGAGAGUAUCAUGGUUGAACUUGCAGCUGGACCUUUUGGAAAUAAUGAAAAGAAUGAUGGAAACUUGGUGGAAGCCACUGCUCAACCCUCAGCUCCCCAUGAGAAAUUACCAGUAGUCAUCAGGGUACCAAAGCUGGCCCAUUUCUCAGUAAUGAGUGUGUGCCUCAUGCCAGUUUCAAUAUUAGGUUUUGGAGACAUUAUUGUACCAGGUCUGUUGAUUGCAUACUGUAGAAGAUUUGAUGAACAGACUGGUUCUUCUUCUAUAUACUAUGUCUCCUCCACAAUUGCCUAUGCUGUUGGCAUGAUACUUACAUUUGUUGUUCUGGUGCUGAUGAAAAAGGGGCAACCUGCUCUUCUCUAUUUAGUACCUUGCACACUUAUUACUGCCUCAGUUGUUGCUUGGAAACGUAAGGAAAUGAAAAGGUUUUGGAAAGGUAGCGGAUAUCAGAUGAUGGACCAGCCGGACUAUGCAACAAAUGAAGAAAACUCUGUGACUCCUGGUGAACAGAUUGUCCAACAAUAAUAUUAUGUGGACCUGCCAUAAUGCGUCAAUUGAUUAUCUACAAAUAGAGUUCAACUUUUAAAUUGACUUUUGAAUUGACAAUCUGAAAGAAUCUCCAAUGAUAGCUUGCAAAUAUGUAUUUCUAAGCACUGGUACUGACAAUUACAUCAUAAAUAAUUAAAAUACAUUUACUUUUAACUAUGUUAAAGUUGUGCCUUCACAUUAAAUAAAAGGAUAUGGCCUGUGUAAUUUUCAGAAUGUAUUAUAUACAGUAUAUUUUUCUAAAAAAAAGGUCUUAACUCACCCCUGCACUUUUCUUACUGAAAUCUGUUCUUUUUCAACUCUAGUGACAGAUAUAAGUAUUUCUGUCAAAGUGAGUUUCCGAACAGAUUUUCUUGUAAAGGUUUAUGCAGAUUUUAUGAUCUAUAGAAAUAACUAUUUAAGACCAUGCAAAAAGGCAGUUCAACAAUGAAAUUUUGGUCUUUUAUCACUGCAAAAGUUAGAAAAAUAUAACUUGGGAAUAUACAUAAAUGCAUAUUUUUAUAGUAUAAGUUAACAAAGAUUCCAGUCCUUUUUUUAAACUUGAGAACCUAAAUUGUUUCAAAUUGCAUAUGUAUUAUAUUAGAUUAUUUUUCCAGAUUAGAGAAACAUAAUAUAUAGAACUAGUCAUUAAAAGGACACAAAAACUGAAGUCCACAGUUUUCAGUGGUCUGCUGUUUCCUUGAAGAUGUAGCUUAUAUUUCUACAUUAACAUUCAAUUUCACUACAGCAUUUCUGAUCUCUGAAGUUUGGUUCUGUUGAUGUUAAGGCUUGAUAUUUUGUAUAAAUUAUUUUUUUAUCAAAUUGUAUAUUGAUACAUAUAGCUCGUUGUUUGAGUGUAACAUCUCUAACAAUCCUUCCCCCACUUUUUUUCCUGAUUCCCACUCCUUUCCCCAAAGGAAACCUCUUAACCUUUUAAUAUUUUGGUGGAGGAUGGUUUACUAAUAUACAAAGUGUGCUUCAGAGGAAAGAAUUGGAGACAAAAGACAGAAGACUGGGUGUUAGUUUCAAUUUAAUUAUAUUACAAGAGUUUGUGUAAACUGUCUUAGCUCAAGACACUUGUGUUUCAGUUUUCUCAUCUAUAGAAUGAGUAGUUUAGACCAAUUAAUCACUCUGGUACCUCCCAGCUUGAAAAAAUCUUUUUCAUUCUUUGCUAAAUCUCAGAUGUGGCCUUGAACGUUCUACUGGGAGUCAAACAUCAAAUUAUCUUUCCGUUUUCUUAUUUUCUCUUGAGAAAUUUCCAAAUGACAAGUGAUUGCAAAGGCAGCAGAAUUUUGCAUUUCUCUGUAAAUAAUAUACAAGAUAUGUGAAUAAAUCUAUGAUCUUUCAUUCUAAGUCCCGUUUGAUUGAUUAAAGGAUAAAGCUAAUGUCUUUUAAAAUGAUUCAGAGCUUUGAUUCAGAGCUUAAAUUUAGCAUUUGAGAGAAUUAGAUGUUUUUGUUGGUUAACUUGCUGAGUAAAUUGUAGAUAGAGAGGCUCUCUUGACAGCCCUCUAUCCACUUAAUACACUUAUGGGUUCUUUGAUAAAUGAUAAGUAAGUAUCUGACAAGUAAGGGUUAAUCUUAAUUUUGCCUCCAUAAUAUCAUUUGAAUUUUUUCCAAAGAAUCUGAUUUAGUUGGCAGACUCUGAUAGAGAGAAGAGAUUAAGUGCCAUUUUAAAGCUCCAACUAUAUUUUGCUUUAUAAUAUCAAUAAAAUGUUUGCCAAAAUACAGCUUUUUUAGUAAAAUUAUCUGCAUUCUCAUCCCAGCUUUUUGAUUUUCAAAAGCCUCAACCACAUUUUAUGAAGAAUGUUAAAGAAAAUUUUACAUGUAGAAUUCUGAAAUUUUGGCUCAUUGAUACAAAUUCUACUCUAUCCAACCAUUAUUUAACAAGGAAGUUAAACCUUGUUCUAGUUUGCUAUUAAAAUCUUAUUGAUUAAUUAGAAAUAAGAAACAAAAAGUGAAAUUCUUUGUUUCUCCAUCCUCAGUGUCAAUUUUACAUUGUACUUAAACAAUUCUUCAAUCAACCCAGCUGAAAAUAUUAAGAAAAAUUAUAAAGUACAGAAAUAUUUUAUUUUGGGAAUCAAAAUGAACAAAGGGUAGGGGAGAUGAAAAUUUGGCUUUUAAAGGCUGUAUCAUGUCUUCUCUUGCCCUCCUACAACCCAUAACUUUAAGGGGAAGAGAAGUUGUUUUUUCCUAAACAUGUCAAUAAGGUUACUUAUUGAAAAAAAUUAUUCUUAGAAAUUCUCCCUGAACAUUUUUGUAGCUUAUCAAAUAACUAAGUAUCUCAAAUUGUAAUAUAGGUGAUUUUUACUUCAGUUUAGUUUAGCAAAGAUAAAUAUGAGGUUUGUUAGGAAAGACCUUGCUAUUCUAAUACAUUAUACUUUCUUCUGGCUUGUAUUCUUUAGAUUAGCAGUACCUUACUAGUAGAAUCUGCCAUUUCUCUUUUGAAAGAAGAAAACUUCAAUCCAUCUGUUGUUGGCAUUCAUAGAUUUUAAAGUCCAUAGAGAUUUUGGUGAAAUGGUGCAUUUACAGUAAAUACAAAUGAGCUUUCUAAUAUAUUUUUUUUUCUUUCAAUUUUUGCCUUAGGUAUAAGCAAACAUGGUUUUUACUUUUGACCAAAAAAUAUUUGAACUAAUUUAUUUAAGCUUGAUCUCUAAAUUAUCAGCCUGUUCUCAACCAAUGAGACAUCAAAAACACGAAUUACAUUUCAGACUGGUAGAAUGUACUAGUUUGAAAGGCUUUAUAUUUAUCCAUUAAUGAGGAAAAGAGUUCGAUUUAAAAUCAUGCCAAAUAACAAAUUCUACAGUUAAAAACUUUAUUUUCAGUGAUCUAUUUAUCGCAGAGAUAAUUCUAAACAAGUUGGGGAAGGUAACGUAAAUAAAAUAAAAAUACUGAAUAUUGCUUCCUGGAAGGAAGAUACUCUGUAAAUUAAAGAGAUCUGAACCAAAUUACUCAGUGUUUUGGAAUUUGAAAGAAAUUGUAUAGUAUGCAUGAUCUGGAUUACUGAAUUUUCAGUGUAAACAAAAUGAUUGACAGUAAUAUACAGGCCAUGUUCUAAUGAAGACCAUAUGUGUGAGCUUUCUCGUUUAAUGUUUCUAUACUUAAGGACAUCUUUUGUAUCUAAGAAAUUAAUCAUUGGGGGGAAAUUAUUUCUUAAACUAAAGUUUUACUAUAGUCCCAUAUUGCCAAUUACAAGAAAAAAUAUAUAGAAUAUUUAAUGUCAUGUGUUUCUUUGAUUAGGCAUGAAAAGUAUUGUAAACAACUAAUAUUCCUUUGGAAUAUUGAUUGUUUUAAAAAAAAAAAUAGCCGAAGUUUAUCUGGUUAGCCUGCAGAAUUUCAUAGUAAAACCAAUCAAUGUAAAUUUGGCAUUUUAUAUCUUCUGUUGUAUUUUGUUUAACGAGAACCUUUUUAAAAAUACAUAUGAUUGAAUUUUUACUUUUUAGAUGAUUGGUUUGAGUGUGGAAUUCUUUUUUUUAACACUUUGAUAUGUAAGUUAUAUAAAUUAAUACUUUAUAACACUAUUAGGCUUUUUUUAUGGAACAUGAUUUAAAAUUAAAAAAUUUUUUCAAGUGUUAAUUUAGCAGUGCUUUAAAACUCUUCAUUAUGUGCCAAUACUGACAAGAAAAACAAUUUUUAAUGUAUUGAAUUCAUUAUGAUAUUCAAUAAAUUCUAUUUUAAAAUGAAA